GUUUUCGUGAUGUUUUGCUUAUGUUUUGAAUUGUGUUAAGUUUCUGACUUUAUUUUGUUUCGGUAAUUUUGGACUGAUAAUAUUAUUAUGGGAUUUCAUUAGUCAUCGAAUUUCCUAACCGGCAAGGUAGAAUUAUGGCACCCGACUCGAUAGGUGAUAAUGAUAAGGCCGAGGAGCUACCACUAGCGCAGAACGCCCAAGUCGAAGACUCGACUUCAGCAGUGGGAUAUCCUAAGGCUUCGGAUGGUGCGACUAAUGAACAAUGGCAUUUGUUGAUGCAAACACAAAACACCCAGAUGAUGGAAUUAAUUAGUAUGAUGAAUGAACCGCCGCCAAAUGUUUGCAAAGGCCAGAAACCAGAGUCUGCAUCCAUUACCCAUACCUGGCCCGACUUUAAUCCCGAAGAAGAGGGAGCAGACGCGCUGGCAUGGUGCAAAGCGGUUGACUUUUGCCUAGGGCAACACCCCCUUCAAGGCGCCGCCCUCAUUACUGCUCUGAGCAAGUCAUUAAAGGGCAGCGCAUCAUCCUGGCUACCCCAGGUGACAUAUGAGGACAUGACCUGGAACGACUUUAAAUUUAAUUUCCUCGCCUGUUACGACUCGCAGAAUACGUGCGCGGCAACAAUGAUAAGUAUUAAUAACAGUCGCCCUAAGGAAGAAGAAUCGUACGCCGCUUAUGCCAGCCGGAUAGUAAACUCAUUACUAACAAGAUGGAAAGAUUUAUCAGCGGAACAAAUCGCAGUUUCUUUUGCGCUAGCUCACAUUUCCCGAUUCGACAGCAGAGUUCAGAGAAUGGCUCAUGUGCUGGAAAUAACAACACAGGAUCAUCUUUUCCAGGAGCUGUCAGGGUUUUCUUAUUUGAAACACAAACUACAAACAAAUCCGAAUGAAAGUGAUGAUGUAACUCCGCAAAAACAAGUUAAAAAAGUUCCUAUACAUAUACAACGCCCUGCUAAAAAGCGGAAUAGUAAGAAACAUACGACGGCUACUGCAACAUCAAGUAAGUCUGAUGAGAACAUUGUGCCCGAGAAUUUUUACGAAUUAAAACCAAAUGCUGACGAGAAUAUGCUUAAAAUUAAACUAGUUAAAAGUAGUAAUAUAACUAUUGAACGGCCGGCCAAAAAGCGUAAAGGCUCGAAACCUAAAACCGCCACGGCAACUUCUAGUAACCCAAUGGAUAUGAUGCCUGAGAUUUGUUAUCAUUGCGGCGAAGGGGGGCACAACGCCAUUGAGUGCCCGAAGACUGACACUGCCAGCGGCCUGUCGGAGCCGGGGCCUAGUAGGUCAGCUGGUACGCAGCGCCACAUGGACUCCGGUGAACACGAUUGUGUGUGUUGUGGGCCACAACCUGCUACGAAAACCUUACGUCAGCCAGAAACAAUUAGCUACACGGAUGUGCUCGCGGGGCCGUCCUCAACAGCAACAAAUGGUAUUGUAUAUAUAGAGAUUUCAACAACAGAAAAUAAAGACCAUAACGUCCAACAAUCAAACAGGGAAGAUGUGAAUGUGAUACCCGCAGUUUCGCUCCUAGAACCAUCGCAAACAGCUCCAAAGACUAAUAACAAUAAGGCAGCCAACAAGUACGUCGAAGACGUAAAUCAAAACGUAAUCCAAGCAAAUGUGGAAAAUAGUACAACCGAUGUGUAUGCCGAGUUAGUCCUUUUAGAGCAACGCUCACUGGUUCCUAAUACUGAAGAGAUUGAGUGUGGAGUAUGUAUAGACACGUAUCAACCUGGUCAAGGGGUGAUUCUCAGGGAAUGUGUUCACGCGUUUUGCAAAGAAUGUCUCUCAGAUGUCGUGAAGCACUCCGAGGAUCCGGCAGUGUCAUGUCCCGCCACGGGCUGUCCUGGACUGCUGCAGCAGAGGGAAAUCCGCGCACUCGUAUCACCAGAAGAUUAUGAGCGAUGGCUGGCGAAAGGACUUGCGGCCGCAGAGAGCGGCGCUCGAAACGCAUUCCACUGCCGGACCACCGACUGCCAAGGGUGGGCGAUGUGUGAUCCAGAUGUUGCAAGGUUUCACUGUCCUGUUUGCGACGUUAUAAACUGCGUUACUUGUCAGGCGAUUCACGAGAAUGAAACUUGCGCAGAGUAUCGAGCUAAGCAAAGACCGACUGACGAACAGACCAAAACAUACCUCGAUAGCUUGUUGUCGCGCGGGGAAGCAAUGCGGUGUCCAGAAUGCAGUGUCAUUAUAACAAAGCAGUUGGGGUGCGACUGGCUCAUGUGCACGGCCUGCAAGACCGAGAUCUGCUGGGCCACGCGCGGCCGGCGCUGGGGCCCGCGCGGCCGCGGCGACAACAGCGGCGGCUGCCAGUGUCGCGUCAAACGGAAGAAGUGCCAUCCAAAUUGUCACGAUUGCCAUUAGAUUUAUUAUAGUUUCACUAAUUGUUGUAUUGUUUGAAACUUAAAUAUUGAGGUUCAGGCCUUGGCCUCCGGUUGAUGCUGUAAACUGCAAACAGCAUCAAGUUUGUUGAUUUCCUAUAUUGCCUAAGUGGCCCAGUGAACCAAAUGCUCAGAAUUAAACUUUCCAGUUUUUAUCAUUAAGACGCACCAGGAGGGGUCAUUUCUCGGUGUUUCCUCCCUGUGAAUUUUGAAGCUCAAUAAUCAACACAGAUUAUUAUUAAUAUCAAUAUCUGUUUCAGACAAUUUAGCUUACCUAUUUAAUUUAAUUAUGUUUUUGUUUUUAUGGUGCCAGACCAGAGUCUUUCAAAAAGUGCCUAAUAAAUUAUACUGUAAACCUAU